AUGAAUUUGGUGACGUUCCUGAUACCAUGUCUGACGAUAUUAUUUCAACAAGCUAUUGGUCAGGAUGAAGCCUAUCGAAAACAUUCAUGUGACAAUGAAGACAUAAAAAAAAUCAUUAUCAACACGCACAAUGAGCUAAGAGCAAAAGUGGACCCUUCUCCAAGCAACAUGCUGAAAUUGGUAUGGGAUGACGAAGCAGCAGCAAAUGCAUUAAAGUGGGCAAAGAAGUGUAAACAUUGUCACAGCUCACCAGAUGAAAGAGAGAUCUCCGAGUGUGAUUGCGGGGAAAACCUAUACAUGACCAACAGGCUGUACAACUGGACUAAGAUUAUCCAAGGCUGGUUUGAUGAGAAAAAAGACUUUAAACAUGGAACUGGUGCAACAUCAAAAGGCGCUUGCAUUGGCCAUUAUACCCAGCUCGUCUGGUACAGAACCUAUAAAAUGGGUUGUGCACUAGCUUAUUGUCCCAAGCAGGAAAUGAUUUACUAUUAUGUUUGCCAAUACUGCCCUGCGUAA